CCUUCAUAAAGGCGUGGUGGCGAUACUCCGCGAUCGCUGGCAGCCUAUGACAUCAGCCGGGCACGCCUGGGAUGCCGCCGCUGCCGGCCCGACUCGGCGCAGGAGGAGGGUCCCGCCGGCUCCGAGUCAGUUAGCCCCGCGCCGCGAGGGGGGAGCCGCCAGCUUUCUGGGGACACCGGUUUCGGCCGCUGGCCGCCGCGGUCCUCCUACCCAGGGGCGCUCCCGGAGAGUUGGAUGCAUUCUGGGUUGUUAGCUGCGCUCCGCUGGGCUCCCGGGAGCCCGUUCCUGGUGGAAAACAGGGGGCGUCUGGCCAAGGGACCAGCGGCUCGUUGAGACUCAACAUGACACUCCUGGGGUCUGAGCAUUCUUUGCUGAUUAGGAGCAAGUUCAGAUCAGUUUUGCAGUUACGGCUUCAGCAGAGGAGGACCCAGGAACAGCUGGCUAACCGAGGCAUAACACCACACUAAUCCCAGCCACAGCAAAGCCUUGGUAAACCCCCGAGUUCUCUGUGGUACCUGUCCUGAAUAGCACCAAGAAUGACCGGGCACACCCUUCUACCCACACCACAUGCAGCUUCAUGAUAGUUUCGAGAAGUCGACUAUGCAAACACUGAAAAAUCCAACUGAAUUCCAUGAGCAAAGAAAACAUUUGGAUAGUGACAAGACUGAAGACUCCCUGAGGCACAAGGUCAGAAACAGGCCCGACCGUGCAGACGUGGUUAAUAUGCACAUACUCCAAGCCUCCACUGCAGAGAGGUCCAUCCCAACUGCUCAGAUGAAGCUGAAAAGAGCCCGUCUCGCAGAUGAUCUCAACGAAAAGAUCGCCCUCCGGCCAGGGCCCCUGGAGCUGGUGGAGAAGAACAUACUCCCUGUGGAUUCUGCUGUGAAGGAGGCCAUAAAAGGUAACCAGGUGAGUUUCUCCAAAUCGGCAGAUGCGUUUGCCUUCGAAGAGGACAGCAGCAGUGACGGGCUUUCUCCGGACCAGGCUCGAGUUGAAGACCCCCAGGGCUCAGCGGGAUCCCCUGCAGACACUAAAGCUUCAGAGACCCCUUCGGCAGGUCCUCUGGGGGGAGUCCAGGAACAUUCUUCUGGCUCCGAAAAUGACAGGAAAGACUCAGCCUCCCAGCCCAGCAACCAGUCAGACACGGGGAAGCAGGGGCUCGGCCCUCUCGGCAGCCCCAUCGCUGUGCACGCUGCCGUAAAGGCCAAGUCCUUGAGCGACAGUAAGAACCGCCACAAAAAGCCCAAGGACCCCAAGCCCAAGGUGAAGAAGCUCAAAUAUCACCAGUACAUCCCCCCGGACCAGAAGGCUGAGAAGUCGCCUCCGCCCAUGGACUCGGCCUACGCCCGGCUGCUGCAGCAGCAGCAGCUCUUCCUUCAGCUCCAGAUCCUGAGCCAGCAGCAGCAGCAGCAGCACCGGCUCGGCUACCCCGGCAUUCACCAAGCUCGGCUCAAGGAGCCGAGUGAACAGAUGGUCCGGAAUCCAAGCUCUGCUUCAGCACCACUGAGCAAUACGCCUUUGUCUCCCGUCAAAAACAGCUUUUCUGGACAAACUGGUGUCUCGUCUCUCAAACCAGGCCCACUGCCGUCAAACCUAGAUGAUCUGAAGGUCUCGGAACUAAGACAGCAGCUUCGAAUCCGGGGCCUGCCGGUGUCAGGCACCAAGACCGCCCUCAUGGACCGGCUGCGGCCCUUCCAGGACUGUUCGGGGAACCCCGUGGCCAACUUCGGGGACAUCACGACGGUCACUUUCCCCGUGACGCCCAGCGGCGCGCUGCCCGGCUACCAGUCCUCCCCGUCCACCGGCGCCUUGUCCAACGGCUUCUAUCACUUCGGCAGCACCAGCUCCAGCCCCCCGAUCUCGCCCGCCUCGUCCGACCUGUCCGGGGCCGGGUCCCUGCCCGACACCUUCCACGACGCGUCCCCGUCCCUCUGCCUGCACCCGUCCCCGGUCCACGCGUGCGCCGACGACAGCCUCCUGAGCAGCCUGAACGGGGGCGUCCUGGCCCCGGAGCCGGACGGGCUGGACUCAGAGAAGGACAAGAUGCUGGUGGAGAAGCAGAAGGUGAUCAACGAGCUCACCUGGAAGCUGCAGCAGGAGCAGCGGCACGUGGAGGAACUGCGCAUGCAGCUACAGGAGCAGAGGCGACACAGCUGCCCCGAGGAGCCGCCGCCCUUCCUGGCCGUCCCUGUCAAGCAGGAGGACGCGGCGCCCAGCUGCCCCUUCGCGCCGCAGCCGAGACCCGGGAAGAGACCAGGCGGCAGCUCAGAGGCCCCUGCGCAGGCCUGUGAUGCAGCGGGGCGCCGGGCCCCGGGCCGCAGCGACGCGCUGCCCUCCACGUUCCUCAGCCCCCAGUGCUCCCCCCAGCACUCGCCGCUGGGGGCCGUCAAAAGCCCGCAGCACAUCAGUUUGCCCCCCUCACCCAACAACCAUUACUUCGUCCCCUCCUCUUCGGGCGCCCCAGGGGAAGGGCACGGGGUCGCCUCACCUGCCAGCAGCCAGGUGUGUGCUGCACAGAACUCAGGGGUCCAUGACAGCCACCCUGCAAGCUUCUCUCCCCAGCCCUCCAGCCUCCACCCCCCUUUCUCUGGAGCCCAGGCAGACAGCAGUCAUGGUGCUGGCGGCACCCCUCGUCCCAAAAGCCCAGGGGUCCAGCAAAAGAGGGCUGGUUUACACUCUUCUUCUGAGAAGACAGGGCCCAAGUUUUCCAUUCCAUCCCCAACUUUCUCCAAGUCAACUUCAGCAGUUCCAGAGAUAACCCAGCCUCCGUCCUAUGAAGAUGCCCUGAAGCAGCAAAUGACUCGGAGUCAGCAGAUGGAUGAGCUCCUGGACGUCCUCAUUGAAAGCGGAGAAAUGCCAGCUGAUGUUAGAGAGGAUCAUUCGUGUCUUCAGAAAGUCCCCAAGAUACCCGGGUCUUCCCGAAGUUCUCCUGCUGCCCUCCCCAAACCCUCGUCUUCGGGGGGCCAGCUCUCCUUCGAUCACUAUAGCACUGACAGCGAUAAGCACCUUGAACUCUUAUUGAGUCCCCAGAGCCCCUUAGCAAAGGCGAGCGAUGGCGCCCUGCUGAAAGUGGGGAGCGAAGAGCCUCCUUUCGACGGCAUCAUGGAUGGAUUCCCCGGGAAGGCUGCAGAAGACCUGUUCAGUGCCCACGAGAUCUUGCCGGGCCCCCUGUCCCCGAUGCAGACUCAGUUCUCCCCCUCCUCUGUGGACAGCAGCGGGCUGCCGCUGAGCUUCACCGAAUCUCCUUGGGAAACCAUGGAGUGGCUGGACCUCACUCCGCCAAGCUCCACGCCAAGCUUUAGCUCCCUCGGCACCGGCGGCCCCAGCAUCUUUAACAUUGAUUUCCUGGAUGUCACGGAUCUCAAUCUGAAUUCCCCCAUGGACCUUCACUUACAGCACUGGUAGGAGGGCUGGCCACAGAGGCGCUAAGGGAGACCAGUGGGAAUUCCAUGGGGGGGAAGCACACAACCGAAAACACUCCUAUCAUCCAAAAAGCGGAGGAGGAGGAAAGGUGGAGGAGGGAAUUUUCAAAGAAACCGCGGAGACUUCCAUGACCGUCAAUGAGAGCAAAAAGGAGUCUUGUGAUAUUGACCGACGUUCAGGAACUGUUAAUGAUUUCAGCAAUGCGUUCAGAAAUGUGCAUUCUCAGAUCAGGAAUGCCAAAAAGAGUCUAUGGCCAUACCACCCUGAACGCGCCCGAUCUUGUCUGAUCUCGGAAGCUGAGCAGGGUCGGGCCUGGUUAGUACUUGGAUGGGAGGAAUGCCAAAAAGAGAAAAAAAAUUCUUUCACUGCCUUUUCAAACACCAGUAUUUUUGUAGCCCCUGGUUUUUCUCAGGCACUGUUCGGGCCUAGUCUCACUUCGUAAGCCUCUCUCGAGGGUUUAUUAGACACAGUGCGGAAAGGAAAUGGAGCUCUUUCAGAGUAAAGGGAGUGCAGCAUAACCAUCAGCGUUUCUGGAAGAUAGACCCAUGGUGGGCACUGCUUCCCAUCCUUCCCCUCCCUGUCGUUCAAAAUAGAAGUCAGGCCCCACUUCAGUUAGGGUCUUGAGGUAGGAGAGAGGGACAGAACCAAUCCAUUCCCAGGGAAAGGAAGUCAGCUCGGCCACAAAGCUGCCCCCUUACCCCAGUCCAGGACCCAGGACUCCGUGUGGUCACAGAUCACAACAAACCUAUCUUUGGUCCAAAGAACCCCACCGAGAAUUUCCCUCUUGGUCAACCAGUCGCUAGAUCACUCCCGCUGUCUCUGUGGUGAUAAGCACCGUGAAACAGCCAAGGACCUUAAAGCGAACAGAACCCAAAACCUCCUGCCAUGGAAGGUUCCCCAACACAACCCCCUUUAGUUUCAAAGACGGGAGGUGACCCUGGAAGCAGAUGGGAAGACUCGCUCUAGCUUCAGGAAGCCAUACCAGAGAUCAUUCAGACAGUGCUAGAAAACCUUGUUUCACGUGUCGUGAGAAUAAAUACCAUGGGUUCCUACAACAGGAUGACCAUUUAUGGAGGUCCAACUUCUUUGGGGGGGGAGGGGCUUGGGGGUCCACCUCCGUUUCUCUUUCUCCCACUUUUCUUUCAAGAUACCAGUCUUUUCCUGCUCCACUUUUGAAACUCUUUCCUUUUUCUGCCCCAACAUCAAGAAGACUUCUCCUAUCUAACAAGCUUCUGUACUCUUAAUAAAGCCAUAUUUUCAAAAGGUAAAACUCCAGGUUCUCCCAGGGAACACAUUCUCCAUGUGCAUCAUUCGCUGCAAAAAAAAAAAAAAAAAGUUGAAAGAAUGUCCCUGGGGAAAAAACUGGUGACUUGCCCCAUCAGCCCCAAAGCUCGUUCUGCUCUCAUUUGAUCUAGAGCCAUCAGUGAUUUGGGUGGUUUUGGGGACAUUGGAAAUCAUGACGUCAAGACAGAGCUGAAUGAUAUUUGCAAGGAGAGAGAAUGGCAGGUCCGGGUCGGUGAAAGGAAACGCAGUCACACACGGAAAACAAGGGAAGGAAGAAAGACGAUGGUCUCGUGUGCACGCCUCAUUACCUCGUGCUUUUGCUGGGCAUCAAAACCCUCAAACGGCAGGAUGGUCUCUCUCAAGCUCACUGUGGCUCUGCCGGUUCAUAGCAUUGCAUGCUGUAGAAAGGAGCCAAAGCUGGUUGGUUGGUUGGCUUGUUGUUGUUGUUGUUGUUGUUUUUUAAUUUAAAUCACUAAGGCACUGUUUUCUUCUUUUGUAAAAAAAAAAAAAUAGUCACUGUGCACUUACGGAGAAGAUAACCAAAAAUGUUGUGAUGUUUAGAAGUUCUCUUUUUGAUAAACCAAAGAUUUAGAAGUCAUUCCAGUGUGAACUUGUAGACAUGUGUGAACACAGAGUGUUUUGGGGGACUGCUACUCUGAAAGCUCGCAGAUCGUAUGGCGGGGUAGGCAUGCGUACGUGUGUAGAUAUACGCUUGUAUAUCUCUCUACACGUAUGUGUAUUUGUGUGUCUCUUGAAAAUUCUAUACCGAAGCCCUGAGCCCCAAUUUGCUGUGAAAUGAUACUCGGCCUUUCUCGCUGACCCAUCGACAGACGACACGUUGCCUCUCUGUGUAUGACGAACGGCUCCAGCCCAACGACUCACAGCCAUUUGCUCACCGUCAGCGCGCCCAUCCAGACAAGGACUAUGGAUGUGAAAAGACAGGACAGCUUUGCCCUUAGGUGCCGGGAACGGUAAACACCAUGUCUCGUAGAACAGCAUCCAAGGGACACGAAAACCGUUUUUACAUUCCUUGAUCUGCAAUGAGCUCUCAGAGAUCCACACGGUACAUUUUUUUUUUUUUUUUUUUUUUUUUGCGUUUUGCUUUUACGCGUGUCAUCAGAACCAGAAAUCCAGAGGGAAGCAUGACCGGUCUUUUCUGGGAAGGUGAAGCUACGUGGAAGAAAAUCUUACUAACGCAUUCCUCACCUUUGUUUGUCCCUCAGAUGUUGACGUUUUGUUUGGAUCUUGACGAACCUUGCUGGUCAGUACAUUUGUCAUGUGUGACGUUGUGCGAUUUGUAUGUUCUUUUUUCCCCCCUUACUGCCUUUGGAGAACAAACUCGCAGGGUCCCUACUCGGGGUGUUUCUAGUGGAAGGACUACACUUGGUCGGGAGGCCACUGUGCAUUUGCCUAGAGACCUUUAGAAGCUAUUCGAACACUGAUAACCAAGCAUCACAGAGCAGACCCCUGGGUUCUUAGUCUCAGCCCCUCCCACAGGCUCCGCACACCGUAUUCACUCUGUCCCUCCAUAGAUCAGAUGUGACAUUUACGGUAUAAAUCUAGGGAUACCUGGGAGAAACUCGGAGAAGUUGGCUGCACCCAGUGGAUCAGACAGACCACGUUAAUUCAUCUGUCUCCUAGUGGGAGUUGUUAUCUUAAGUACUUUUAAACGCUUAGGUGCGUCCUCUUUUCUGGAGAUCGAUGGGGCCUGGCUAGGAGAUGUACAGAGACUUCCGAAGAUGGCCGCAUUCGAGCUUCUGGAUGCUCUUAGAGCCUGGAAGUAACCACGCGUGGUUUUCUCCAGAUUCCUGGGGCUCCCGUGGUGGGGCAGGCCCACGGACACGGAGUUUGCGGCCAAUCCCACCGCUGCUGCAGCCGUGAGAGUUCAGACUUACUCAACAGAGUCAGAAAACACAUCCGUGCAAAUGCUCCCGUUAGCGCUUGGUACUAGUAGCCCUGCUUCUAACAGUAUUAUUGAGACAGCAGCAUUCUGAUAUAAGGAGGAGAGGGAGGAGGGGAGGAA